AUGUUGGCAAAAUCACAAAUAAUGCCGGAGAGCCAGCUAUGGCGAGCAGUGGACGCGGUCCUCGGCCUACUCCCAACGUCGGUCCCCGGAUCCGAUCUCCUCUGGGCCAUUUCGGAUGAAUCCUGGCAAGAGCAGUGUGAAGGAUGUGACCGGGUCUGUGAGAUUCUCCGCUGGGGCGAAGUCCACAGAAGACGGGAUCACGCUUUCCAAGGUUGCUCGCCCUCCUCUAUCGUCCAUGAAAGUUACCUUGAGCUCGACCGUUGCGCCGCCAACUCGGGCUGCGACACUUGCCGAACACUACGGCAAGCUUUCCUCUUGAACCAGAUCACAAAACAAGACGCUGAACGGCUCCAACACCCCGAGAACCAGUGGCCCAUUCAUGCUUCUCUCCACCUCAUCUCGAAUGGCGAUGCUAUGCUGGAGCUGGCCAUCAAAUCUCCCAAAUCAACACUGUUUUCCGCGACGGUUCAUCUGAGCAACCAACCUUGUGACCGGGCCGGGAACCUGACUCAACACACGCCUGGAUUACGCCCCGAUCUUUCUAGCUUGCGCCAGGCCAUCAAUGAUUGCCAUCACAGGCACGAGUGUUCCUCAAGAUAUCGCUGGUCUCGCCGGAAUCCAAGUUGGCUGCUCAAGAUCCUCUCUGACGGUGCCGUCCAGCUCGUAGAGGGGCCGCCAGAACCGGUGGACUAUGCUGUGUUGAGCUACUCUUGGGGUGACCCAGCAAGCAUGCCCGCUGAGGAAUGGGCAAGGAUUAAGGGGGCCGGAACCAAGACGACAAAUGGCCGGCCUGUUUCUGAGCGUCUCAACCCUUUCUCGAUACAAGAACUGCCAGAAACCAUGCAAGACGCUAUCACCAUAUCGUCUUCGCUUGGCGUUUCCUACAUCUGGAUCGACAACGUCUGCAUCCCGAAAGGCACCAACUGGGACACGGAAGCGUCGCUGAUGCACGAAGUCUACGGAAACUCAGUCUUCACGCUGGUUGCAUCUUCAAGCACCAAGGCCACGGACCGCCUACUCUACGACAGACAGGCCUGGGCACACCCCAUCAAGCCAAGCCAGCUGCGCGAGUCGUGGUGGCUUCACAACACGCAGUUGCCCCUGGACCGGGUUCGUCUAGAGUCUCCCGUGUCCUUGCGGGCGUGGACUUUGCAAGAAGAGCGGCUGUCGCCCAGGAUUGUGUACUGGGCGGGCCAGCAGUGGUACUGGUCUUGUUUAGAGUGCCAGGUGUCCGAGACAGAGGCGCUUGAGCAGUUCCCCCGAGCGGAUAUUGACAGCCUCGACACCAAGACAAUAUCAAGCAUACCAGUUUUACCGUGCCCCUCAUCAUCACCAUCAUCAUCAUCAUCACCACCAAACUGUACCCAGCGAUUCCUCGAGUUCUGCCGGACAGGAGACGAGCGGCUCCUCCACGAAGAAUGGCUCGACAUUGUCGACGCCUACACCCGCCGCGACCUCGUAGCACCAAGAGACCGGUUCCUGGCCAUAGCCGGUCUUGCUGUGCGCUUCUACAACGCUAAAGCGGGGAAUGGAGGCGCCGUCAUCACCGAGGCGUAUCUCGCAGGGCUCUGGAGAGACGACUUUGCCCACCACUUAGCCUGGUCCGUCAUCAACGCAGCCGACUCACGGCAGAACCUGCAGCAUAUUGCGCCGUCCUGGUCCUGGGCGUCUCUGCCACUGCGGGUCACCACCCGGACCAAAACCACCUCUCCCUUCCGCCAGGCCCAACAGUUCCAGUUCCUCUCUGUAGAACACAUCGACGCCGCCAGCUCGCCUCUACCUCGCCCCGUGAACACGGGCGACCCCUCCACCGACUACAUCAACCGCGGUCGGGCCGUGGAAGAGCGCGGCCGCGGCGUCAAGGUAGUCCAGGUCCAGGGCCGCGUCCGGCGCUUCAUAUCCUCUGACGCGUCCUGUGUCCCGUGGGGCACUAUUGAGCGGGAGCGCGGGGGGCGGCCCGGGUUUGACUUUGGUGCGUUCCCGGGGCAGAGCUUGUACGCUCGACACGGCGGGAAUGGGCGGAUUCUUUCCAAGGAUGCGCAUAGUGGCGAGGUGGUGGGACAGCUGGAUUACCUUGCUGUGAAGAACCCCCCUGAGGGAAAUGCGCUGAUUGAGGUUGAGUCUGUCGAGGCGCUGCCGUAUGUUGGGAGUGGUUGUGAAAAGGAGAUUGUGUGUUUGGAGCUAGGUGAGCUGGCAAUGCUGUUGUUGAUACCCAUGUCUGGGUCCAGUAGUAGGCAGGGCCAGGCUGGCGAGUCUUUCCGGCGUGUGGGUGUUGCCGUGGGGUAUGAGAGCAGGAAGGGGUUCUUUUAUGGAUGUGAGACGAAAAAGGUCCUACUUGUUUGA